UUGAGAAAAUUCCUUUUAUUUAUGGCCUCACCAGCUUUAUCCUUAGUUUCUUACUCGUCUUUGGCAUCAAUUUCUUAGCAUGACGAAAGAGCAUGAGAGAGAUUUAUUGAUGUACAUUUAUAGAAUAAGGCCAAAAUUCUCUGCACGCAAUCACAAGUAAGGACAGAAAAGUUGGACUAUGUGCCUCAGUGUGCCAGCUUUAUGGUCAUUUGAGUGAUUCGCUCACACUUGGAAUGGGAUCAUAUUUGUUGCUUAAAGCCUUUCUUCCUUCUUCUCUGUGUAAGAAGAUAUAAGGGUAACAGCAAGUUCAAUUUAAUUAGGAGUGAAAACAUGUUGGAAGGUAAAGCUGUGAUAGAGGACACUGACAUGCCAGUUAAGAUGCAGAUCCAAGCCAUGGCAUCCGCUUCUGAAGCUUUGGAUCUCUAUGAUGUUUUUGAUUGCACAUCCAUUGCUGCCCACAUUAAAAAGGAGUUUGAUACUAAGUACGGUUCUGGUUGGCAGUGUGUGGUGGGAUCAAGUUUUGGGUGUUUUUUCACCCACUCCAAGGGAACUUUCGUGUACUUCACUCUCGAGACUCUCAAUUUCCUCAUCUUCAAACAGCUUAUGACUGCUGAUAUUCGUGGGGAGGAAGAACAGGGAAAGUUGUGAUUUGAGGGAAUAUAAGCAGUAAUUCUAAGUUAUUAUGAAUUGGACCCUUUUCAUGUUUUGAAGGGUGCUUUGCUGUGUGAUCGGUGCUAAUUUUGAUUUUGUAUAUAUGAUAAAUAUUUGGCUCACUGUGUCUGUGAUAAAAUUUCUCUGCUUUAGUUCUUUUUAUGCUUUGGAUAAGGUCUCCUUCAUGGUUAAUAUUAUCUGAAUAUUCU